CACUUCUCUGAUAAACUAAAUUUACAGUAAACUGUCAGCAUGAUGUAUUUAUCUUAAAUAGACCUUCACUGCACCGUGCCUGCUCUGAGAGGGAGCACCGCAUCUGGACUUGUUAACUUAUUUUCUCCUCUAAUAACAAUAAUUGAAAUGAUCCAACACGACCCUGUAACGGAUUCUGUUGAGGAAAACGUGUGUGAAACUUUGUGAAAAUUAUUACCAUUGCUUCCAGAUGCUCCCUUUUAGUCCAAGGGUCAAUUGGAUGGUUAUUAUCCUAUUACAUUUUCGAAAUAAGCUGCAGUGUUUGAGAGAUUUGCAGAUGCUUUAAUGCGUCUUUACGCACAGCACAGCAGCACGUUGCAGGCCCAUGUGAGAUAACAUAGGUGUUAGGCCUCUAAUCUAAAGUACUUAGUUUGUAGCUCUGAAUAGCGUUUUUAUGAUGAUGUUUAACUUAACCAAAUUUAAAGAGAAAAAAGAUAUAUAGGCCACAGCAACAAGUGUAGAGAGCAGAACUAUUCACGCAAGGCUAAGUUACUGUAAGUGGAUAAUAGCCUGAAUGACCUGGCCCAUAUUUAUACAGGAACUAUAAUAGAAUGGCAGCAGACUGUAAAUUUAGAUAUCAUGUGAAGACGUCUUACCGCUGACAUUAUGUUGACAUAUUGCCUCUCAGGUGGUCUCUCGGCCAUACGGAAACACUGGAUAUAUGGUAGAAAGUACAUCAUCUGCCAUUUACAAUGAGUUACGUUGGCUGUAAGAUACACAAGACAGCGGCAGCAGCAGCUCUGCCUCACAGCAACACUGUGCUCACAUGGAAAAAGAAAAUCAUUUUUUAGCAGAGCAAAAUGGGGCCCUUCCUUUGGCUGCUGCUUGAAAUACGAUUCCACCUGUUUUAAGUCUUCAGCAUCAGCACAUCCAAAAAGUAGAAAUUCUGAGAAUGUGAAAAAAAAGAGAGAAAUGUGUUGAAUGUUAAAUAUGUGAGUUGCCUGUUCCUGUUUAGAAGACAACCACUCUCCAUUUCCCCCUCGUAGCUCGAAGUGGGAUUCUUUCUUUAUAGUUGUUGGUCUUUUUGCGCAUUUUAAAAUUCCUCUGGGGACCAUCCUGGGUGCUGACCCCUCGCUAAGUGCUCCCCAACAGACCCCGCAGAACUGAAGUCCAAGUCCGGGGUGAAUCCCAGGUCACCGCGUCUAACAGAUAUGAAAAUGUCGCCUCUUUGGAAAAGAGGGGGCACGCCUUGUUGUUUAACAAAGACUGUCAAUGGGCAAGAUUAAUCAGAAACAAAAUGGAAACGGUGUCACUUUGGGGUCAGGCAGAAGUUAUCUCUGUUUAGGGGAGCGAAUAGAAUAGGGGAGGACCAGGAGGCCAAGAGAGAAGGGAAAAAAAAGAACUGGAGAAAAGAAAAAAGAAAGCUUUCAAUAUUUCCGAAGUUUGGCCUCUUGUUUCUCCUUGCAGAGGCCUUGUUGACGUGGACAGUGUGGAUCAGCUGCCGCAUCUUCGAGGGACGCACAUACAGUGUGACACCUCGGACAUGGACACGAAACAUCAGGACCUGGACGUGAGGGCAGAUGGCGCAGAGCACGCAGAGCGGAUACAUCCCCAAUCCCGGUGAUUACUACGAGCGGCCAAAGGAUACGGGCUUCCCCCAUCACGACGAGCCAUCCUAUCCGAGGUCAAACUACACGGAAUCGGGAUACGACUACGCGAACGUCCCCGCCACCGGACUCGAUGAUUUCAGCGACGGGCACCACGCACCGCCGCAGCCGGUUCCACAGAGCCACGGUCCUCGUCUCGCCGCGGCCCCAGACGGUGGCGCAGGAGCAAAUGCCAGCAAAGACUGCAGCCUUGCCACUGAGGUAUAUCCCGGCGUAGCGAAGGGCAAGGAGCCGGUGGUCUAUCCCUGGAUGAAAAAGGUCCACGUUAACAACGUCAAUCCCAAUUACACUGGAGGAGUGCCCAAGAGGUCCCGCACUGCCUACACCCGCCAGCAGGCUCUGGAGCUGGAGAAGGAGUUCCAUUUCAACCGGUACCUGACCCGGCGCAGGCGGGUGGAGAUUGCGCACACUAUGUGUCUGUCUGAGCGCCAGGUCAAGAUCUGGUUUCAGAACCGGAGGAUGAAGUGGAAGAAGGAGCACAAGCUCCCCAACACCAAGAUCCGCUCCUCCACCUCGGCCUCAGCCUCGGGGCCCCAGCAACAGCAGCAGCAGCAGAUCAAAACAGGCCAGCAGCUUGUCCCCACGCCGUGCACCGCAGGUCUAUAGUUCAUGAACGAACCCCACCCCACAAAAACCCAAUCCAGACUGAGAUGGCAAAUAACACAAGUGGGAUUUGUUGGACCAAUUCUCAGUAUUUUACACACAUGGUGUUCUCUCUUUCACCUUGCCUCUGCCAUUGGGCCCCUGUCACGUCCUUUGUACCCUUUCCCUCUCCGCUCGUCCUCGCCCUCUUCAUAUAAGCUUGAAAUUCACCUUUAAAUGCCACGGUGGCAACUGAAGUGUUUAUAUAUUUGUGUAUUAUUAUGAAAGAAGGAUUACGCACACUCAGACAUAAGACUUGGAUCAAAAAUGUACCGUUACAGUUUAAAUUGAGUGAGGUAAAAGUACGUUCGAGCUCAUUUUUAUAUGUUCCUUUUUUGAAUAUUGUUUUUUUUUCAGUUUUGUAUUAUUGCUCAUGGAAAGUUCUAAUAUACUUGAAAGAUAUUUAGCGAGAAUCUAUAGAUGCCUGUUUAGAAAACCAGGCGGCUGUUUUAGAGGUAUGGCUUCAGCCAGAGUAACAGUGUAGUUUGUGUGUCUGAGUGGAUUGGUUUACUGUUGAAUGUAGUCCAGGUGACUUUCACAUUUAAUGUACAUAGACAAAUCAUAAUGAAGGCACAAUAAGAAAAGCAUUUCGUCGACUAGAAUUCCGUUCGUUGGUAUCGUGAGGUGUAGUUUUAUUUGUGCUAGUGCGUCCCAUGUUGUGUUGUUGUUCUAAACUGUGAAUAUUUGUAUGUGUUGUCUCAGUAAUGACCGUUGUGAUGUAGGUUAGUGUAGGAUCAAAUUGUCCUUGUGAAAUAAAUAUGUACUUCACA